AUGGCUGAUCUCGAUUCCUAUCUCGCCUACAAGCGGGAGACCAAAUACUUGGUGUUCUGGCUUCUCCAUACGUCCAACUCCAUCAUCACUACCAAGGCGCCUCGUGAACCCAACCUCGAACCCAAUACAACUGGUCAAGUCACGGUCGCAACCCUCGUGCCCCUCGCCGAACUCAUCUCUCGGUACACAAAAAGCACUCCGACCAUAGUUCUUCGUGUCUUUAGGACCGUCAUAUCUGCCAGGAAAGCCACGUGUGUGCAUUAUGCCCGUCUCGCAGCGCAGAAUCCGGAUGACCUCUCACUGGCCAGAGGCAAUGCCUCUCACCGUCACUUCAAUGACGCUCUCGAGGCUGCUUAUAUUGCUCUCGGCGGGGAAGAUCAAUUGACGGCGGCAUUGUCUGAGGAACAUAGUGACUAUGACGUUGAAGAGCUCGAAAGAAUGGUAUUCUCAAACAGUUUUUCAGCAUUGUCCGUUGAGGGAAGUGACGAAGACUCUGGAGCAGAGCCAGUAUCUGUCACCAACAUCGCGCCCAUCAGAAAGCAGCAGCGGAAGCCUGGCAAAGGAAGGCGAGGCCGAAGGGGUAGCAGGAUCAAAGGUGGAAGACAUGACCCGUCGCAGCGAAAAGCGCUCGAGGGUAUAUCUGUCGACGGCUUUGGCAUCAUCAGCGAUGAUGAUAGUCAUAUCAGCAUCGAGUAUGUCAUGGCUGUGAGCUGCCUGGCAGAGGAAUGGUGCCACCUCCGCAGCUGGCUGAACAUGGUCUGGUUUCGAGCUGCUCACGGCAAACUUAACAACGCAGUUGCUGGGGUUAUCACGAAAGUCGCGUUUUCCAUCCAGAAGCAGACGGAACUGGCCAUCUUUGUUGACUUCCAGGGGCGUGAUUCCUACAAGUCGGUUCUUGAAGCAUUGAAUAGCGGUCGAAACAGUCUCUCACUCGACAAGAGCCACUUUCUCAAUACUAGCGACAGACAGGAUCUGAAAGAGCAAUGUCUUGCCCAUACAUAUAGGUAUUUGAUCGAUUUCAUAGCCGACUACCAGAAAACUAGAACGGGGAAGCCUACCAAGCCUAUGCUGCGGGAGAUCGGCUCCUGGAGUCCAAAUGCAUGCCUUUCGGAUUUCACUCGCCCGCAGAGACUCAAAUGGCGUCGGGCCUAUACCAUCAACUGGCUCUAUGACCUUGUCAACACAUAUGCGUACCCUGCCAUAAAGACUCAGGGUUCUGCAGCGGACUGCAAACUCGAAGACAUCGACUGGAGCGCGAAUGGACCCUGGAAUCCAACCACAAGUAAUCAACGACGGCUUUAUGGGCUGAACGAGUUUGCGGCUGCAGUCACAACCCUUGCCAUGCAAAAGGAGGGCAAAGACGUCAGCACUCGAAUACCUUCCUCACUGGUGUUUCAACUUCAGAUUAUUGUGGACUCGUUUACUGUCAGUUACGGAUGGAUGAACCUCGACCUGAAGGAUGCACAGGCCCAAUACAGUCUGCAACCCCCAAGGACUGGCAUGUCCAAUAUAUUCAAUUUUAUCUUUGGUGAAGCCAGACCACCUGGUUGUGGCUGCGGCAACAAAUCGGUCUCGGGGACUCAGGACGGUGCUCAUGAUCUUCACAACAUUGUGGCUCAAGAAUACCCUUCACGCUUUGCCCAGACCAAGGCAGCAAAGCUUCUGUACCGGACAAUAGUCGACAUGGACAACUUUCUUGGAAAAUUCUGGCCUGAGGAUAAUCAAAAUGCUACCAUGGCAGGUAUCCACGCGUCCAGAUUCAGCAAUGUUGUUGAGCCGGGUCUUUGUGCAUUGUGGGAGUACUCUCCUGCUCUCUGCGGAACCGGCCUCGCCGAGGCCAUUGACUACCUGCAUAACGCUUCAAUCCUGAUGCUCAACAAGGCUAUCGAAGUCGUCUGUCUUAUGCACAUCUACAACAAAGUUCGACAGACAGGACAUCUGGCCCAACCUAUCGAUAUCUUUGAGAUCUUGCAGGUUACCUUUCCUGGCGUUUACCGAGAUGUGGGUGGUGUACCCCCAACAAAGGGUCCGUUCGGCGCUUCAAUGUGGCAACAAAUGGUGCAGACAGAGAAGAGAGGCUGUAAGCGCCCGCAGCCUUUCCUACCCAACACAUUCGAUGUCGAUAAAGUUCUUGUUCCCCAGCCUGGUGGAUACUUUGACAACUCGACUCUUCUCUACGCGCUCCGCUCAGUCGAGUGGGACCCCUGCAGGGUGGCAGAUCAUGACCUCGCGCUGUACAGCUCGCUACGAAGAUAUCGAAGGGUGGACCGCUGGAGCAGGACCAAGGCAGCCGAGAAUCUUGGUGAAAAGGAGUCUCGGGCCGCUCGCGAACGGGUGGCUGCCGUUACUGAGGAGGAGAUACGUGCCAUCUCGUCUCUCAAAUCGACAUUCGCAGCACGCUCGUGGCUGGAUCUGCCACCCUACAAGACAGGCCCCGAAGACAACGAGAACCGCGACGAGCAGGACAGCCUGAUGCGAUCCUUCGAACAAGGCUGUCUCGCCCACAAAUGGAGGCCCGAGCUUGACAACAGCAAGGCACCCGGCAGGGAUCGGCGAACGAGGCACGAAACCAUGCUUGCGCGUAUCGAGUGUGACAUCUACAACGAGAUAUGCGGCGGUGCCCCCAUCCUGGGCCUAAAUCUGCCGAGAAUCACAGUGGUGCUGAUGAAGCUGUUUGGCACCAUUGAGGAUGCCCUGUCCGCCGCCAGGAACAAGACAUGGGCGGCGGCCCGCCUGAAGUAUGUCAGCAGCGAUUGCGACGUCUGCGGCAAGAAGCAGCGUAUGGCCCUCGCCAAGUGCAUCCUCAACGCAACGGACGAUGAAGAGUGUCUCAAAAUUGUAGCAAAGGUGUUUGAACGGCCCGAGCUAGAGGAUCUCGCCGAUGCUAGCUUUUGGAACUUCGAUCUGGACAUGACCGAGUUUUACGGUAUGCAUCUGUGCGGUUGCAUGCGCAAGUCAUUCUUGUCUGGAUUUGUGUACUUUGCGCCUUGA